AUGAAAGGUUACAACAAGUAUGAUCACCACAACCACGAAGCAAAACUCACCUGUUAUCAACCUCCAGCCUCACCUCAGCUACAUAACUAUUCAACAGACCACACCGUAGUCUCUCCGUCUAGCCAGUCCGCUUUCAAAGAAAAGACCCAACACAUAACCAAAAGUGCUACCCAGUUGAGCACGCAACCAGUCGUCGAGAAACCAUUCAAAUGUACCGUACCCGGUUGUUCCAAAUCAUACAAGAAUCUAAAUGGUUUAAAGUAUCAUAACGAACACGGACAUCGUUCUGGUCUAUUGGAUAUCGAUGAAAAGAGGCCGGUGCUCAAGCCAUACAAAUGCGAAUUUCCUGACUGUGACAAAAGAUACAAAAACCCAAACGGAUUGAAGUAUCAUUUAGAGCAUGCACAUCAGAGUUUUGUACGAAGAGAUAAUUGA